AUGGACGGUUCGCUUAUCACAGAUUGGGAUUAUGCAUUAGACGCCAAUGAACCGUAUCUCUGUUACGAGACAUGCGAUGGAGGACCAGUUGGUUUACAGGGACAACAUUGCUAUUGUUUAGACAAAACGGUCACUGUAUCCACGCAUGUUAAGGAAAUUCGAUGUCCCGGGUCAUUUUAUCAGUACUGUGGAAGUGACAAGGCAAUGUCAGUCUAUGAUAUAGAUAUGCCAGGACGCGUUUCAUUCACUUCUAACUUCAAUGCAAACUGCGGUUACGUAUAUUAUUACAAUGGCAGCAUGUUAGGUCUGAGUUUAGAUGACUGUAACACAUGGAAAUAUUAUGCAUGGCCAGGUAACAAGUUUUACUACAGUGGUGCUAAAAAAUGCAAUUACGGCUCUCAACAUGCAUGCGUAUCGACCUAUGUGAAUACAUGGAGAAGUGCCAUGCGUUUGUGCAAUAACACACUUAUUAAACUGAAUGAUGAAGUCAUUACAGAUCUGCUAAAACUCACUAAUAGGAUACAAAACCAUUGGAAACACUACUGGAUUGGUCUGCGCAGGUACAGAACUCGUAAAUGGAUAAACGGGUCUUACUUUAGUGAAUAUUUGUAUGAUCGAAGUCGACUGAAAUCACAAGCUUGUGUCGCUAUGUACAAAUAUUAUACCCGGGGCGGCAUAUAUUACGAAAAAACAAGCUGUUCGAGAAAACUACCUGCGAUUUGCCAAAUCUACAAAUCUAAACCUACACAACCGACUACACCACCGACUACAACCACCACGUCUUCAACAAGAACGCAUCGUCUGCCCACAACAACGAGUAGUUACGUUUCACAACUCACUGCGACAACUCUCCCAGCACAGAAAUCGGAUGCAACAAGUGAAACCCAGAGACAAGUCGGCUCAGAGAGUGGUUCAGGUGGUUUGGUAGCUUGUAUUGUUGUUGGAGUACUAGUAUUGCUAGUCUUGGCAGGAGUUAUCGUACUUGUAUGGAUGAAAAGAAAAAACAGAUUUUGCUUCCAGUCAGAUAAAAUGGACAAUCCAAGAAGAACUGCAUCGCCCAUCCACGAGACAUCCUCAGUACCCAACAUCUAUGAACAAUAUGAUGCUGAUGUAACCAACAGAGUCCAGUAUGAAAAUGUGGCAUACUGUGCUCAGCCAAACACGAAAACCACACGUGGUCCAAUCGCUGUUUCGUCCAUCGACUACGACCUUGCUGCUGCAGAUGACGCACUACAAGGACCUCGUGUUUUAGCGGAUCUACCCAAUGGCAUCAGGCCACGUGAUGACUACGAACUGGCGAGUCCAGAUGACGCAAAGCCAGAAACGACUUAUUCAGCAGAUUCGUCCAGUUACGCCUGUCCAGGUGAUUACUUUGAACUGGAGGGUCCAGAUGACGCAAAGCGAGAAACGGCUUAUUCAGUAGAUUCGUCCAUUUACGCCUGUCCAGGUGAUUACUUUGAACUGGAGGGUCCAGGUGACUCUAGACCAGAAACAGAUAACUAUGAACUGGAAGGUCCAGGUGACAAUACCUAUGAACUGGACGGUCCAGGUGACUCUAGACCAGAAACAGAUAACUAUGAACUGGAAGGUCCAGGUGACAAUACCUAUGAACUGGACGGCCCAGGUGACUCUAGACCAGAAACAGAUAACUAUGAACUGGAAGGUCCAGCAAACACAGCUGAGUACGCAGUAGACAGAUUUGGACGGAAAAAUCGCUUCUGAUGAAUACAACACUCUGCACAAGACACAACGAGACAGAAACCUAGAUCUGAACUACAGCCACAUUGGUGCGGCCGAGCUAACUGAAGAUCUGUACGACACGACAGAACCGGCACCACACGGACGGACGGACAAUGAGACAUUUACAGCCACA